AUGGUGGUGACUUCUCACACAAAUCGCCCUACUCGCAGCGUGCUCCACGGGCACCCAACACCCAGCGCCGCAGGGGCGGCAGGCCAAAACAAACAACACUUCAUUACAAAGAACACGGCCAAGCUCGACCGCGAGACAGAGGAGCUGCACCAUGACAGGGUUCCGCUGGAGGUGGGCAAGGUGAUCCAGCAGGGCCGGCAGAGCAAGGGCAUGACGCAGAAGGACUUGGCCACCAAAAUCAAUGAAAAACCACAAGUUAUUGCUGACUACGAAUCGGGAAGAGCAAUCCCCAACAACCAGGUCAUGGGCAAGAUCGAGAGGGCCAUCGGCCUUAAGCUGCGUGGGAAGGAUAUCGGAAAACCUCUGGAAACCGGCCCCAAAGGGAAAUGACGACAAAGCCUCGAAAUCAGUUUGCUCCGACUGAUCUCGUCUGGCGGGCUCUCCUUACCCGCCAGAGCCGCUCUGCGCAUUGCCAAGCUGAACAAGAGGGUUUCAGACUUGCUUUGGGGGGGAAAUCUGCCGAAUCUGUACCUGCUGUAAAAAGGCAACCUUAAAAGAAGCGAUUUUCCUGAUUUUGUUUUUCCUUCCUCCUUUCCAGAGAUUGAGGAACUAAACCCAAAAAAAUACCGCAUCCGAUUUGCCAGAAAACGUGUGCGUCUUGGUGUGUAGAAGCAGCUAAUGUUAAGACACUUGGGGUGAUCCGAAACGUGAUCGUUUAAUUGGAGCAAUUUGGGGGACGGGUGGGAUAUAUUAUCUAUAAAUAAUUUGGGAGAGCUGGGGGUCGGUCAGUGUCUGCAUUUGGGAUGACGACUCGGUCGCUGCAUCACGAUGCCGUUUUUUGUUUGUUCCUUCCAGCCUGUUUUAAAGAGAUCUAUAAUAAAGUUUGAUACCCUUC